AUGAGACUGCCGGGCGGUACGAUAAUUUCAGCGAGAAAUGCCUCUUCCUACUACGACACAGUCAUCGUCGGCGGUGGAAUGGUCGGAAAUGCGAUGGCCUGCUCGCUGGGAGCCAAUAAGUCGUUCAAGUCGAAAAGCGUACUUCUGCUCGACGCCGGUCGAUCCCCCUCCCUCUCCUCGUUCGAGCCGGGCUCUCCGUUCAACAACCGCGUCGUCGCCACUAGUCCCACUUCGGUUGACAUCUUCAGAAGUACUCAUUCAAUCGAUAUUAUCAAUCUAUUCACAAAUAUUCAGAAUUGGGUGUUUGGGAUCGAAUAAAAUCGCAUCGCGCCAAAAAAGUCAAUCGUCUGUUCGUGUUCGACAGUUGCUCCACAUCGGAGAUCGAGUUCGAGCGGGACCGUCAAGAAGAAGUGGCCUACAUAAUCGAAAACGAUCUGAUUGUAGGAUCACUCUACGAAAAGCUUGCCGAAUACAAAAAUGUAGACGUGAAAACGGGCGCAAAAGUGGAAGAGUGCUCCGUUCCGACGGCACUCGGGAACAUGGCCACCAUCAAGUUGGCGAACGGAGACGUCAUUGACACUUCGCUUCUGGUAAACACUCAACUGAAGACGGAAAAUAUUAUAGAAUCGAAUGUUAUAGAUCGGUGCGGACGGAGUAAACUCAAAAGUGCGUCACGCGGCCAAUGUCAACUACACCACCUUUAACUACAAUCAACACGGACUCGUCGGCAUUGUUGAAAUUGAAGUAAGGAGGAACUGAUAUUGUCCGUUCUUUCAUCCGGCCAGUUCUCCAUAACUUUCCAAGCACUUUCUUCCAGACAUCAAACGGGGAGAACAAAACCGCUUGGCAACGAUUCACGAAACUCGGCCCCGUCGCCCUCCUCCCGCUCUCCGACACCGUCUCCGGAUUGACGUGGUCGACGAGUCCGGAAGAGGCGCAGAGACUGAAACAACUGCCGCCGGAUCAGUUCGUCGACGAGCUGAAUUCGGCACUUUUCUCGCAGGAAGAUCAGCUUCCGUUUGUGAAUCAGGCGAUGUUCACUCUCAAUCGAAUGAAUCCUUUCCGCGCGGAGACGUUCGGACGCAAAGCGGAAGGCACCAUUCCGCCGCAGGUGAUCACCGUUCAGGAAGGCAGUCGUGCCUCGUUCCCGUUGGGAUUCGGAAAUGCGCACAGCUACAUCACGACUCGUUGUGCGCUCAUCGGAGAUGCUGCUCACAGAAUGCAUCCGCUCGCAGGUCAGCAUCUAUAUCGACUCUUUCUCCCACUGAUCGCCGUAUUUUCAGGUCAAGGAGUCAAUCUCGGUUGGAGCGACGUUCAAAUUCUGGAUAAAGUGCUCGGAGACGCUGUGCGCGAAGGAGCCGACAUUGGAAGUAUCACAUACUUGCGCGAGUUCGAUUCUGCCGCACAAAAGCACAAUUUGCCAGUGAUGGUGUCCGUUGAUCUGCUGAAUCGGCUCUACCGCACGGAUGCUCCGGCUAUCGUCGCCGCAAGAGCAUUCGGACUGAAUGCGUUCAAUGCAUUGGGGCCCGUCAAGGUAAGCACGUCUAGACCGUUCAGUGCCAACAGCGAAUUUCAGAACUUCCUGAUCAACUAUCUUUCGGCACACCGAUAA